UCUCUCUCUUCCUCUGUCCUCUGAAAGUACCACUGUGAGCUGUCACUUGUCAGUAGUGUGUGAGUAAUGAAGACGUGAGUGAUCUAUGCCUGUACUGCUGGAUCAGAGAUGGCGGGUGUUUUGUGGAUGCUCUUAGUUGUUUUCUGUCCUUUGGUUCUGUCUGAGAGUGGAGAUGAUGAUGGGUCUGAUAAAGAUGUGACCUGCACAUCCACUUUGACCCUCAACCAAAGUAACCUCACCUGCUCGCUCAACGACGAAUCCACUGAGGAGGUCAUCUUCACGAGACUCUGCAAAAUGGAAGGUUUAAAAAAAGUGUGUACAAAUGCUACUUCCGGACCACGAGACAUUACCUUUAAGAAUUUGAUCGUUUCAGCAAGAUACGUGCUACAAAUAGGAGACGAGGUUUUUGAAAAUAUCGACCUGUCAAAAAUUGUCAAAAUCCCAGCUCCUGUAAUUAAGCUUGCCACUUACAUGGAAGACACAGAAGAAGUUUUCAUAUGGUUUGAACACAGUCAUGAAUAUGUUAUCAAUCCUAAAUUCGAAUUGGAAAUCUGGGGGGACAAACUUGACAAGCCCAUUAGUCCCACUAUAAAAUAUAGGAACUUCAGUAUCAGCAGGGACAGACUUGGUGGAGAUGGUGUUUACAACACACGUGUUAGAGCAAAACCUGUGGAGUUUUUUGAUGGCAACUGGAGUGAGUGGAGUUCUAAUGCCAGUUUCACUAUAAAAAGUUCUACAAUUACUACCACAGAAAAGAAUUUUGAUCUUCCAAAGGUCGGUUACGUCAUCACCUUCUUUGUCGUUCUGGUACUCAUCAUUGGUUUGGGGACCUUGCGGUGGAGAACACACAUAAAAGACUACAUUACACCAAACAUCCCACACCCGAAGGCAACUCUUGCACAAAUGCACAGGGGUCUUCCUUUCACUUUCAGUCCUGAGAUAUUCAGCGAUGUCUUCAUACACCGUGUGGAUUACGUCGAUGAAAAGCCAUCUGCUCCCGAGCCUCAAGAUGGCCUGGAUGAGCACCGCUACAGUCAAGCCAGUUCCUCAAGCACAUCAGUGAGUGAAAUGGACAUGAAAGCAGAUGAAUGGCUUCCAAGAGAUCAGUCUCAUCUUAAAAUUAGACUGUUAGACGAACCAGAUUUGUUGAAAGAAAGAGAAAGUGGCAGCUCUCAAAGCACAACGGCCCCUCGACGAGAAUGUAAAGAUGAAGCCUAUGUCACUAUGUCCAGCCUUUUCAAAACACAAUGAAGAGACUGUCUUAAGUCAAUUCCAGUUCACUCAUGAUUUUACAGACCCUUGGUUUGUAUAUGAUAAAAGGUUAACUGAGAUUGUAUAUGAUGCAUUUAAUAACCCAAUAAGCCUGUUACAUAUAUAUGAGGUGCUUUUACACAUCGCUAAUCAUGUCCAGUUUGUAACUCUGAUGCUUACCAAGUUUGUACAUAUCAUAACAGUCAUCCACAGGUUUCAUUUUCAACCAAGCAUCGUGCACAGCUGUGGUCUCCAUUUUGGUAGCCAAUUUCCUUCGGAAUGUUUCAGAAACACAGGCAUUAAGAGUUAUAAGAAAUAGAGAAAUCCACAUUUCUGAAGUCAUCACACAUCUACUCAGACCUCAUGUAACUGCUGCUAGUCUCAGUAUCCUCUGCAAGACAUUUAUCCAUGUAUAUUUUCAUCUGUAAAUAUACCUGAGUAAAGCUGAGAGGUUAACAGAGGUUCUGUUAACCUCACGCACAACUUUCAAACCUAAUACACACAGUUCAAGUGGCACUUUUUCAAUGAUUAUAGGACUUAUUUAUAAUGAUCAGAAGAAAUAUUUUCUGUGUAUAUUAAAAAAACAACUGCUUGUAAUGUUAAUUUUGUAAUACAAUUCAGCUGUAGCCUAUAUAUAUAUAUAU